AUGGCAGGCAAGAAGGAGAACAGCAAGAAGGUCGCGGGCAACGCUCGCAAGGCUGAAGCCGCCGCUCAGAAGGCUGCUGCUGAGGACGCCAAGAAGGCGGCGGUUGAGGAUGAGAAGUGGUCCAAGGGAGCCAAAAACAACUCAAAGAAGGAGGCCGAAGCUGCCAAGAAGGCUGAAGCCGCCAAGAAGAAGGCCGAGAAGGACGCCCUCCUCGCCGAGGACGAAGCCAACACGCCCGGAAAGGCCCCCAAGAAGUCCAAGGCCCCCGUCAAGAGGUCGCGCGGCCUCGACCUCUCGCAGCUCGACGACGACAAGCCCUCGGCCAUCAGCGCCUCCGGUAUCGACAACGCCCUGGACGCCCUGUCCCUGACGACGGGCGGCGACAACGACAAGAUCGACAGGCACCCCGAGCGACGAUUCCCCGCCGCGUAUGCCAAGUACGAGGAGCGACGUCUCCAGGAGAUGAAGCAGGACGGCAGCGGCGUCGGGCUGCGCAUGGAGCAGAGGAAGAACAGGAUCAGGAAGGAGUUUGAGAAGCACCCGGACAACCCCUUCAACCAGGUCACGGCCUCAUACAACGCCUCGAGGGACGAGGUGGCCCAGAUCCGUGACCAGGAGAGGGCCAAGAUUGAGCAGCGGCUCGGUCACUGA